CUCAACGACAAUCAAUACCUUCUUCGCAUUCUCGCAGAGCCAUUGCAUCGGCCGCCUAGUCACACUAGCGUCCGUUCUAGCGAAUUGUCUCGAGAUGAGCCCGGCAGUCGCUACAUAAACAUCGAAGGAUAUUGGAUUAUUGAAGGGGAAAUUGGAGGCCAUGAGGAAAGAUCUGAGGUUGAUCAAUCAUGUGACUCUAAAUAUAUCCUUACUCCAAGCGUGCGGGACAACUUGAGGGAUCUGGCGCGAGUAGUAGCCGCUAGGUAA